AUGACGACUUUCCGCCAGGCAUUCUCGUUGCCUAAAAGCGCCGUCCUAGAGGCAAUGCCUCCUGGGACGGUCAAGCUAUACAGCAAUGAAUAUCGCGAGUCGGAAUCGGCAAUGUCUUCGCAGCUUCAGCUUUCACCUAUGCCGUCGAAGAAUCCAGCCGACCCUCUAAACUGGAGUCAAUGGCGAAAGUUCAUGGCGCUCUUUUGUGUCUCGCUCUUUUGCCUCUUAGCAAACGUCACAUCUGCUUCCUUGUCCAGCGCCUUGACUUUUCUAGCAACCGACUUCAAUCCCCCUGUGGCUCAGGCAAACCUUGGUCACUUGAUCGCUGUCAAUGUAUUGAUGUUUGGUGCCGCCAACAUCUGGUGGGUUCCUCUGUCGAACGUGUUUGGGCGCCGGCCUAUCAUCCUAUUGAGCCUCUUGAUACUUACGGCAUGCUCCGUCUGGGCAGCCGAAGCCAGAACGUUCAACAGCCUUUUAGCAGCCCGAGUAUUUCAAGGCAUAGGUGGAGCGACAUCGGACACUCUUUGCCCGGGAGUUAUUGGUGAAAUUUUCUUUCGUCAUGAAAGAGGUAGAGCAAUGGCAGUCUAUACCGUCUUUCUUACGAUGGGGCCCAUUGUGGGAGGUAUUAUUGGCAGCUACAUUGCCUCAGCAUAUGGCUGGCGCUGGACACAAUGGUUAAACGUGAUUCUAUCAGGGGUUACGCUUCUAUCAUGCGCCGUGUUCCUCCCAGAAACAUUAUUUGACCGGGAUGCCUCUAUUGCCUUAGAUCUUGCGGCCGAGGAAGUCACUCAAAGAGAGAAAGAAAAGGCAACCGUGACGGAAAAGCAAAAUAUUCAAGAGCAUGAGGAGGUGAGCAGAUUCGCGGCCUCUAGCCACCCAUACCACCCUUACACGUUCGCACGCUCUUUGAAAGUUGGACUAUAUACAGGAAGCUUCGUUCAGAAUUUCCUGGCACCUUGGAAAACACUACGUCUACCCGCUGUGUGGUUGGUGAUGCUGCAUUACGGAGGCCUGGUCGGUGGAAUUGUGACCAUUUCAACUGUUGGACCACAAUUCGUCGCUGCACCCCCCUACAACUGGGGUGCGAACUCUGGUCUAAUUAACAUUGGCGGUUUAAUUGGAAGCAUUACCGGGGCUUUGGCUACUUUUCUUCUCUCGGAUCGUCUUCUUAAACGUCGUGCUUUGCGACAUUCUCACGGCUUCAGUGAACCUGAGGCGCGACUGCCUGCUAUGUUCCCGGGACUAUUUCUCGCUACCAUGGGAUUGUUGACGUUCGGCAUGUGCGAGCAAUAUGUGACUUCCGGUGCUGGAUGGGUUGGUCUUGAAGUUGGAUACGGUAUGCUCGUGUUUGGAGUUAUUCAGGUGCCAUCUAUCGGUUUCAAUUACAUUAUUGAGUCCUAUCCAUUGGCGGCCCAUGAUUGCUUCGUGAUGAUUACCUGCUUGCGAGCAGUCAUUGGAUUUGCCUGGACGUUUUUCGUCGGAACCUGGGUUGAAGCGCGCGGUGCUGCGGAACCUUUUGGGAUCUUCUGCAUGUUGAUGGGCAUAUUCGGACUUUUGACCCUUCCUAUCUACUACUUUGGCAAGAGGAUUCGGAUCGCCACAGAGGAAUGGUUUCCUACUCGUCAAGAACCGGCCAUCGCGAUAGUAACAGCAUAUUUCAAUGUGGAACGUGUUUUCAGUCAUACACGCGACUUGACCAUCUUGCUCGACACGUUCGUUCUCAUACACAGGAGAAGCCAUACCGCUGUGAAUGACCUCCUGAGUCGACAUGCGACUCUUCACGAUUCUCAUCAGACAUCUAAUUCAUCAAAGCGGAGACGCACCGCCGGCGUCUUCAGGGCAUCAAAGGCGUGCGACGCAUGUGCUGAGAAUCAUUUGCGUUGUGAUGACGAUAAGCCCUGUCGGCGAUGUCAACGACGAGGCAUCCAAUGUAGCCUCGACCCUGCGCCUAUAGAGGAGGCAGUAGAUACCUCAUCUCAAACCAGCGCCCUCGUCGACACUGAUAGAUCUCCAUCGUUUCAGCGGCCAGAACUAUCGCCAAUGAUUGGCUUUGAGUCCACCUUAGCACUCAACGAUGAAGUCGAAUGUAUCGAAUCUUCUUCAGCACUUCAAGCUCAGACAUCGUCAUCCAAUGCAGCGACUUUGGGUAUCGAAAUAUCCAGUGAAACCGGCGUUACGCUUCCGGAUCCAUAUCUGACAUUGCUGCAACCAAAUCCAGAAAGUAUAUUACCAGAUUUUUACGAUACGAAGCCAGGAGGAUUGAUUGACUUUGCUCUUGAAACAAAUCUUGAUCUCAGCAUUGCCGAUCUGAGCUUCUUGGAGUCUUACAACACGGAUAUCCCGUUUGUAAAUGAAGCUACCUAUACACCACAAUCUCCAGUUCCAUCCGCACGGGAUGCAGAAGGCGAAAACAGUCAGUCAGAUGAGAACGCAAGAGAAGAAAGAUAUGUUGAGCGGCUCCGGUGGCGGUUCGUGCCUGUUUCCCAGGACCACGGCUACUCUGAACAUGGCAAUCUCCUUCUUGAGGGUCAGACAGGACCAGAAGAUACCCCGCAGAGUCUUCGUAGUCUGAGGGAUGGAUCCACAUCCAUGGAGAGUGUUGAUCUAUCUUUACGUGACAAGAUCUUGAGUAUUGUUCUGGGUCAAAUGCCACAGCCACUUUCCCGCGCAAUUUCUUCGUUCCCGUCACCUGAACUCCUAGACCGUUUAAUCCUAUAUUUCCUUACCAUACCCAUCUCUAGUGCUGGUGCCUGGUUUCAUCAGCCUACUUUCAACGUGAAACAGGCCCGCCCUGAGCUUUUGCUGGCUAUGGCAGCAGCUGGUGCAGUACUCACGCCGGAUUCGGCCUUGCGAAAACUAGGGUUCGCCAUGCAGGAAGUUGUGCGGCACCAUCUACCCACUCUUUAUGAAGCAGACAACACCCUUAUUCGCGACCUAGAGUUGCAACAGGCCUAUCUAUUGUACCUUGAAAUCAGCCUAUGGAGCGGUAACAGCCGUAAAAUAGAAAUUGCUGAGAGUUUUCGCCAACCACUUAUUACGAUGUUGCGGCGUAGAGGUAUGUUCUAUACAGCUGGGUACCCACCGAUAACUCUAGAUGCAGACGAUACAUGCCUUGCCAUAGAGAGAAAAUGGUUGGCGUGGGUACGGCAGGAGUCCACCAAACGUUUAGUUUAUCAUCUAUGGGAAUAUGACACGCAGACAUCUAUGGUGCUGAUGACCAACCCAUUGAUAUCUUACGCAGAGGUAUCAAUUCCACUUCCUGCUCCCUCGUAUCUUUGGCUCGCCAAUGAUGCAGAGGAAUGGAAAAGGCUCUACUUGAGCUGGCAGGCCCAAUGCCAAUCUCUCCCUCGUGCUAUGACAAUUUCGGAUUGCAUUUUGAAUAUGGACUUGCUGGAAGUACAGCGGCCUGUGACAGAUAUGGCAAUCUCGUGUGCUGCAGUUCUUCACGCUCUGUGGGGAAUGAUAUCAGAAUAUAGGCAGAUGAACAUGCUCAUCACCAGGGAUAGCAGGAACAACGGCUCAAAUUCGAAUGGCAACGGCGCCGGCAAUCAGCCUGGUCAAUGGCACGGCGGGCUAGUAAUGGCGUCGCGGUACCAGCAGCUCUCAGAAAUGCUGAAUUACUUUGGCAUCGGCCAUUGGGAUGACGGCGCCCUACACUGGCACUGUAUUCAAAUGCAUUUACACAUGUCGCUCGAAGACAUCCAGCUUUUGGCCGCCUCUUUGCAAAACCCUGCUCACUCAAACAACAUCCUAUCAUCAAUUCAAGCUUGGUCUCGGAGUAAGGAUGGACGCUGGGCUGUAUGGCAUGCUGGCCAGAUAUUCCGUGAGCUCAAGGGCUUGUCGCCCCAACAUCUGCGAGAUUUUAAGGCUAUUGCACUCUAUCAUUCGACUCUUACCCUGUGGGCAUAUAGCGUAGGUAGAGGGAGAAUCGGCGCAGAAACAGAGCCUGUUGUGUGGCUAGACGGCACAGAUACAAGCAAUUUACAACGAUUUGUAACUUUGGAACGCAAUCAGCCCAUGCUCCAGGGACUUUCACCUGAAGCUGGAGACAUAAAUCUGCUUGAUCCCAAGGCCACUUUGACCUUGGCUAUACAGUUGAUGAGGCAGAAUCAUGGCGGCCAGGAUGCUUGUGGGCCUCCGUUGGUCAUGAACCUUGUACAUUUACUGGAGAAGCUCCGUGAGAUCGACAGCUAG